AGUCCUCUUUCUUCCAGCUGGUGGUCUUGAUUCAGGAUUCAUAUCGCAUCCUUCGUUUCUUGUCAUGCAGCUUAUGCUCACAGGCAGUGUCGUGCACACAACGCAUGUCUCAGCGGCAGAAUUCUCUCUAAGCUCUCAGGGAUAGCUCCGAGACACUAGUACUGCCAUCAAAUGGCGUUAGAAACCUAGCAAUUUGUUCAAGGCUCUGCUCGUAUUUUAUAACUGUCACUUCUUACUCACCUUGCGACCGUGAAACCUCUCCCGGCAAUCCAUCGCAAUUCCGCAUUUACUAAGCCGACUGAUCGAUGUGGAUGAAAAGCUGAUUGUCAUUGAUCAUUGUCAAGUUGCCUUUCCUUCAACCUGAGCACAAUUCCUCUAGUCCUGUGCAUGAUCCUGUUCGGAGAUGAUCUUGGCACCCUGCUAGUAACAUAAUACGGUCACCACCUGUUGAUGGCGUCUGAUUCGUAUAAGUACAUCUCAAGCUCGAGAUGGGACCCUACAUCUUGAUUCCUCUCUCAGACCACUAGUUCUACUCCCAAAAUGUCCUACCCACCCUAUAACGCAGCUCCCUAUCCCCCUCAAGGAGGAGCACCAUCCUACCCAUCCUAUCCAGGACAACCUCCUUACCAAGCAGGCUACCAGCCAUCAUCGAGCCCGUACCCACCUCAGGGUCCUCCUGCACCAGGAGCACCACCUCCACAGGGGUAUCAGGCGAGUUAUGGUCAACCACAACAACCAUCGUACGGCGGCUACCCUGGCCAGCCUCAUUCUGGCUACCAACAACCGCCCGCUGCGGGAGGAUACACACCUAACUAUGCGCCAGCUUACAAUUCAGGCUAUCAGCCCCCUCGUUCUCCUCAACCACCAACAGCUCUAUCUCCACAAGGCUAUCCCGGACAGCCAGGCCCUCAACCUCCAACAGGUCAUUCUCCGGGCUACCCCGGGCAGUCUGGGUAUGGUUCACCUUACCCUGCUCAUACACCCGCCGCACCAGGAUAUGGACAACAGGCUCCCGUACAUGGGUAUGGACAAGCACCUGUUCCCGGAUACGCACCUGCUGGCGGGGCGUUUCCCCCUCAACAAGCAGCACCUGUGUCUCAAACGCCUGUUCGUUUCCAAUUCAGACAGGAUAAUGGAUUCGACUCUUCGGGUACCAUUACGGACGAGAACAAUCAGACGUUGUAUAAAUUGAAAGAUGCUUCGGAUAAACAUACCUGGUCGAAAUAUCUGAAGUCGAGGCCUCUUAAUAUCUUACGUGGAGAUGGCUCCAAGGUUGCAUCUUUUGACUGGAAAGAUGGACCGUCUGAAGCCAAGCUCGAGGCAUAUGCUGUUUGGUCAAGGGGUGAGAAGGUCAAGCUACGAGUUGAAGGUGAUAUUCUCGACCAAGACUGGAAGUUCAAGUUACCUAACGGUCGUGCUUACGAAUGGGAGGGUCCUGGAGACGACCAAAUAUUUAACCUCCUCGAUCAUCAGCAAGUCACUGGUGAAGGCUUCGACGCCGAAGCCAAGUCUAUCGCUCGAUAUGAGAUGCAUUCCGACAAUCGCGAUGCGACACUAGACAUCCUGCCCGAAGCACUCGCCGUUCCCGAUCUGUUGGAUGCCGCCGUGAUCACAUCUUUCUAUCUCGAGUUCUAUAUGUUCAUGGAGUCACAGGAGGCACAAUAAAUAGUCCGCUGUCAGGUUAUUCAUUUCGCAUGAGCUAUCGCUUUCUCGUCGCGGAGUCGUUCUGAUCACGUGCUCAGAUGUUUUUAAAAGUUUAAUCGUGGAUGUAUUUAUAAACUGUAGAUUUGUUUGCAUACACAAUCACUAUGGUAUUCGACUUGCGCACG